GGUGAAUUUUGUGUUGAAUCUUCUGCCAUGGCGUUCAGAUCUGCGGCAAAGCUAUUUCCUUCUUCUCAAUCUCUUCUCUCGAACUCAGCAUCAGUGAGCAGAGGAUUUCAUUCCACUGGCUUGAAAAGGAUGGGAGGUGGACAUGGCCAUGAUGAACCUUAUUAUAUUCAUGCCAAACACAUGUACAACUUGGACAGGAUGAAACACCAGAAAUUGAAGAUGUCCCUUGCUGUGUUCACUGCCUUCAGCAUUGGUGUUGCAGUUCCUGUCUAUGCAGUCAUUUUCCAGCAAAAGAAGACAGCUUCUGCUUAGUUCAUCAUCUGAUGCUUUUGCAACGGUAGGGAGCAAUUGGGGGAUCCUUGACUAGCUGAUUCAUUCUCUAGGUGAAAAGUAAGAGCACCCCUACUAGGCAGAGUAAAUACGUAUUCAAAUCUUGGGCAUAACAUUUUCAUGAGGGG